GCGCCAUCAUAAAUAAUAGCAAACGUGUGGCAACCGGUGAUGUGCUUAGCUUCUUCAAACACGCUACUUUAUUAAAGUGAAUAUUUCGAAAAUUUGUAUAUUUAAGAUGAAGUCUUGCAAUUUAUGUAAACAUAAAUAUGACAAACUAUUCAAACCUGAUGAAAAACUGCUUGACAUAAAAUUGGGCAGCGUAAUAAAUAUUAUAUUUGGUGACCAUCAAGUUGAAGUCUCGCCGAACUUUCUUAUCUGCACUGAAUGUGCAUUGGCGCUUAUACAAACCGAGAUAGUUUUAAAACGUCUUUCAAGCGCCUUGACUAAUAACAAAAAAAUUCAGAAUGUCGGGCUAAAUAAUUCAAAAUGUACCGCGAAGAAUAAGAACAGCGAUGAAGUGGAAAACCACGAUAAAGAAGAUUUAGAUAAAUCAAGUAAAGAAGUACCCGAUGCAGAUGCACCUAAUUUGGAUAACACUUUGAUUGGCUGGAAAUUUUGUUGUAUCCACUGUAAAUAUACAACAGAGAAACCAAAAACAUACAAAAAGCAUUUAAUAUCGAAACAUGAGGAUGAUAAUCCACGUAUUUACCAGUGUCCUCAUUGCACGGUGACAUAUCAACGUGCGAAUGCAAUACAAAAUCACAUUAAUUCCGCACAUGGCAAAAAGCCGGCCCCGAAGCGCCGUAAAACAAUUGCUGAUGUUACUCCGAUAUUGUUGAGCAGCACCACUAUUCACAGUCAAGUAGAUAAUGAUACUUCAAUAGCUAACAAAACAUAUGAUGGUAUCCAAGAAAAUGGUGAAAAUUCGCCUUAUGAAUUCGAGUGCGGCCAAUGCAAAUAUAAAACAAUGCAUGCAACAUGGUUCAAAAAACACUUACAAUCCAAACACCAAGACGAAGAUGCCAGGAUAUAUAAGUGCAAGCAAUGCCCUAGUACAUACAUCAGACAAUUCGCACUGCAAAACCAUAUUGCUUAUGAACAUGAACAUAAACCGCGCCCCAAACCUCAGCGACGCAAGUCUUUAGCUACAGUUUUUGAACUUAACGCCACAGGUGAUAAAGAAUUGUUACUGUCAAAUAUUAAAUUCCAAACAGAAGAACAUAAUGGUGGCGAAGUAAAUGGUGAAAUUGAUAACAUUAAUCAAAACGGAGAUAUAUCGGUUAAUAAAACUGAUGAUGAACAGCAAAACAAAGAACACAUAUUCCAAGCACCUAAAACAAACAGUCGUAACCAAAUAAAUUCAAAUGAAAUGCCUAAACCAGAAUGGAUUUUCCAGUGCUCGUAUUGUGAGUUUGAAAGCGGGAAAAGGAAAAAAUACAAAACGCAUUUAAAAACUCAACAUGGCGACAUAAGCGAUAGCGAUAUUUAUAAAUGUCUUUACUGUCCCGCAUCAUUUGAGCGCUAUAGUUUGUUACAGAGUCACGUACCAAAUAAGCACAGCAUUGAUUUAACGGAAUUGAGUGAUACCCAGGCUCUAGACUCUAGUCAAGACCACUUGCAGGUACGCACUACAAAGAAACGAAAAGUCGAAGAAACUCCAAUUAAAUCAAACGAGUCUGGGCAUACAAAAUCCACUCAGGACGAGCGGGCGAGUAAACGGAAAAACAUUGAAGAGAAGGAUCAGCAAAAAGAAUCUUGCAUUCUAUGUGAGAAAACAUUUUCAUCAGUCGAUAAGUUACGUACUCACGUGGACAAAUAUCACGAUGGUGAGGCACAAUUCCGUUCCAAAGAAAAGAAAGAAGCUCACCUAAUCGGUGAAAAAUCUUUGGACACAAAGUUAGCAUGCCCACAUCCAAGCUGCUCGAAGCGCUUUCGCAGUCACUCGAAAAUGCAGCAACAUAUGCUCGAUAAACAUGCUGAUUUACUAAGCUGAAACAGUAAGAUUGGCUGAAGGUUUUUGUUUUGAAAGGCCGUCUAAUAUCUUCGUACCGAAUACGAGUGCCUGAAGCUGGGUGGACGUUUUUGGCUCUAGUACUUUAUUUUUAUGUUAUUUUAGAUCAAACAAUCCAUUUAUAAAAUUAUUCUAUCUUGAAGUUAAAGUGUAAUGGUGUUUGCUUUGCAGGUUUUCUGUUUUAGCAAACUAUUUAAUUUAGACUUCUGACAUUUCGAAGAAAGGUGAAACCGUACUGUGUGUGAAACUGUCCAUCGAUGUCAUAGAACAUAAAAAAAAAUUAAAAGCGCGCUCGGCGAAACAAAUGGAAUAAUCAUA